GCUUGUUUUCUUCUGCGACGUUUUUGUAAUUUCCCCCCACGAAUCUAAUUAGCAUGUUGUCACGCUCAUUUUACCGUGUCGCACCUUUGAUGGUGCCUCGUCUUCACGCACGCACCAUGGCAUCCAAAGCCAGCAGCUUUGUAAAGUAUAACUGGCAAGAUCCCUUGAAUCUCGAGAAACUAUUGACAGAAGAAGAACAACUGGUCAAGGACUCGGCUCGAAACUAUUGUCAGGAGAAGCUUCAACCCAGAGUGUUGGAGGCUUACCGCAACGAAAAGUUUGACAAGGAGAUCCUUGCCGAGAUGGGCGAACUUGGUUUCCUCGGAUCUACCAUUGAUGGCUAUGGAUGUGCUGGUGUAUCCUCUGUCGCUUAUGGUUUGACCGCUCGUGAAGUCGAAUACGUGGAUUCAGGUUACCGAUCGGCCAUGUCUGUUCAGUCAUCGUUGGUCAUGCACCCUAUCAAUGCGUACGGUACUGAAGCUCAGAAGGAAAAGUACCUGCCUGAACUGGCCAAGGGUAACAUUGUGGGUUGUUUCGGUCUCACGGAACCCAAUCACGGUUCCGAUCCUGCCGGCAUGGAAACCACUGCGAAAAAGGUCAACGGACAUUAUGUUUUGAAUGGCAGCAAGACCUGGAUCACCAACUCGCCUAUCGCUGAUGUGUUCAUCGUGUGGGCCAAAAACUUGGACGAAAAUGGCGCUAUCCAAGGUUUCAUUUUGGAAAAGGGUAUGCCCGGAUUAGAAGCCCCAGCUAUCAAGGGCAAGUUCUCGUUACGUGCGUCCAUCACUGGUAUGAUUAUGAUGGACAAUGUCGAAGUCCCAGCCGAGAACCUUUUGCCCAAUGUGAAAGGAUUAAAGGGCCCCUUUGGCUGUCUGAAUAAUGCUCGUUACGGUAUCGCUUGGGGAGCUUUGGGUGCUGCCGAAUUUUGUUUGGCUCAAGCAAGAGAAUAUACGCUGGAACGUAAGCAAUUCGGUCGUCCUUUGGCAGCGAAUCAAUUAAUCCAAAAGAAAUUGGCCGAUGCUAAUACCGAGAUCGCCUUGGGUCUCCAAGCAUGUAUUCAAGUCGGCAGACUAAAGGAUGCCAAUGAGAUCGCCCCGGAAAUGAUUUCACUGAUCAAACGCAACUCCUGCGGCAAAGCACUUCAAAUCGCUCGCGACUGCCGUGACAUGCUCGGUGGCAACGGUAUCUCGGAUGAAUACCACAUCAUUCGUCACGCCGCCAAUUUGGAAGCCGUCAACACUUACGAGGGAACACACGAUAUCCAUGCCCUCAUUCUCGGCAAAGCCAUCACCGGUGUUCCCGCCUUUGCAUCGUAAAUUAUUUUCUUUUUUUUUGCCCCUAAUGAUGAACUUGAAACUCUUUUUCUCAAUAUAAGAGGAAGCAAUAAAUAUCAUACCAUGUCAAAGAUCCAAGGUUUGUCUGUUGCGAUUAGAAAC